UUUGCGCUUCUUUACCAGCUUUCUUUUCACCUGGCAGAUUAGUGAGACGAAAAGAGGAAUUUAAUCUUUCAGUAACCACGUAUAACGUUACUACUGUGUACCACUGCUGAUUUUGUGCCAGUAAAAUAAUAUUUUGAGGAAAUCUAUUUCCAAACAUGGGUGUUACUUUGACAUUUGCUGCUGCCUUAAAUUAUUUUUUUCAUCUACAACAGUCACCUGACUAAUCACACCCCCCAGCAGCUGGGUCCACUAAGUAUAGGAAUGGCUCAAAGAGCAUGGCAAAGUUCACCUAGCAUCCAAACUCUCAAUUUUGAUAGCAUUUGUAGGCAGAAAGCCCAAUUUAAACACCCUUUCACUUCACAAUUCCCGGUGGCUGAAGGGUUUAUUAUUAAAAUUAUAUUCAUGGUCAAAGGCCAGAGUGGUUUCUGUGGCAGUAGAAAAACAUAUUCAAUAUUAGACUGAUUACUUUGGUUGAUCUUUUUUGUACGAGACUGCAAAUCGAUGAAAAAAAUAAAGAUGGCAUUGUAUAGUUCAGUAGAUUAUUUUCCUGUAAUUAUAGCUAUAUAUAUUUACAUAUGUUUGUUUGUUAGGAACCACUGGAAGAAGAACAAAUCCUUUCUGGCAGACAAGACUCUUUCUUCUUCCUGGUCCAAAUUUUGAUUUUCUUCCCUCUGCACGUGAUCUUCAGCAAUUUGCCAAACAUGGAUUAGGCCAACCAGCUCAUGACUCAUCAGUUGGUGAAGGAUGUUCUAAGAUAGACUUGAACUGGACACUGUCUGACUUAAAUAAUUUCAUCUGCCAGUGUUAUCCCCUGAUAAGUCUAAAUUUGAUUGGGUUUGAGUUGGCAAGGGUAGGCAAGACGCGCAAGCUUCAAAAGGUCCAGUCAGGCUCUGUGAGAGAGCUUAAAAAGUCUGUUGGGAAAAGCAGGCUCUACAUCUUGCCUCGUGUAGAAGUAAUGCAGAUUGCAUCAGCUACUGAAAUACCUUCUGCCACAAUGGCCACUCCUUCAACCAUAGAAACAUUUCAGAUGUCUGAAGAAAUUCUAGAGCCUGAUCAGGAUGUGAUACCAGAGAGCUCUUACAUGUCUGACUCCACCACAGCACUAGGCCAAAGUCAUGCAGGUUUGAUCUACCAGACCCUUCAGGAAUCACGGGCCCUACGCUCUGCACAGGAUGAAGAAUACCAGAGGUCCCUCUUGGCUGACCAGGAGAAGGAAAUCAGGAUACGGGCCAUGGAGACUUUUGAAGAAAGGCGAAGAAUGGUCAUCAGGGAGCGCUGUCAUCGAAUGGCUAAUCGAGAGGAACCAAAGGAUGGGAUUUCCUUGAAGUUUAAGUUCCCUGAUGGUUCAGUGAAGAUAGGCAAAUUUAGUGAAUCUGAGCCAGUUCAGGUUCUGUUUGACUUUAUUGGUCAAGUUGAGGAAGCCAGUGAAGUUUUUAAGUUGCAGGAGGCCACUUGUAGCACAUCCAUUGAAAGCACCUCACGUGGUGUUAUUUCUGAGCGAGGUUUAGAACGAACUCCACAUUCUAUGUACUUUGGAUGUCAAGCGCGGAUGUUGAGGUAA